UGGUCUAGAGACUUCAUUGCAAGGAGUCGAGGGUACAAGCACACGUUCAUAGACAGUCAUUGCCAUAUUGACUUCACCUACAAACAGAUGAAUGUUGACAUGACCACCACGUACCAGAGUUUUAGGAAGUCCAUGGCUGACUCGUAUCCUGACAACUACGAAGGAUGUGUUGCUGUCUUCUGUAAUCCCAAUACAUUUUCUGCUAAAUGUGAGUACAUCUGUUUCAUUGCUUAUACAUAAUAUGUUUUCUUUAUAGCUAGUCUUGUAAGAGAAAAAUAUGGCCAAUGUAUUGUUUACGUCCUCUUCGUUGGAUUAUCUUUGCAUUUUCUCACAUAUUUAAAACAAAAGUUUGCCACAUUGCAUUAAGUUUGUUAUUUAUAUUGUAUUUUUAUUUUAAAAAUAUUAUAGGAUGUUUCAUAAUCCCUAUUUUCGACCCAUCCAUUGCUCUCUAACAGUUCCCAAAGAUCUGAUCUUCAGAACGGUAUCUGGAGAAGACGGCGUGUGGUUGGCGUUUGGUUGUCAUCCCAAGAGUGCCACCGAGUUCAAGGACGUUCACGAGCAGGGGCUCAGGAAAUAUCUGAGUCACCCAAAAGUCGUUGCGCUAGGGGAGAUCGGCCUGGACUACUCGGGCACAUUCCACAGACACGCUGACGUACAGAAGAGAGUGUUCAGGACCCAGCUUAAGAUCGCCUUGGACAUGUUCUUGCCACUGGUCAUUCAUUGCCGUGAUGCAGACGAUGAUUGCUUGGAGAUCAUGCGCGAGGUGAGUUGAUAUUCGUUACAUGAAUCUUAAUGGAUAUGACUAUAUUCACGUUUAAGAAAUAUGUUUUGACUUAUAAAAUUAUUGAGUGCCUAAAGCUAGUAAGAUAACGAUUACUUAGGUCAUUAUGUAGUCAAUGACCAGGAUUGCCAUGUUACAACAUCUAGUGAGCAAUAUAGUCCAUGUUAUAAACAUUAUAAUAAUAGUAUCUGAUUGGUGUUUUUUUUUUUUUUUAACUUUCAAUAAUUUCAAUAUUUCCCAAAAAUAAUGUUUAUAAAUAUAUUUACACAAUAUUCAUGAUAGAUUUGCUGUUGCAGAUUUCAAUACUUAUGACGCUAAGAAUAUGUCACUUUUAAAUGAAGAGUCUUAUUAAAGUAUAACUUGUGCAUUUACUACAGUUUUUAAAGCUUCAAGUUCAUUUUAUAUGCCUGUGCUUUGGAAACUCCUCAUUUAAUGUACUUAAUUAAAAUUAUUUGUAUUUAUCUUCUUGACAGCUGGUACCACGUGACCAUAAGAUCCACGUCCACUGCUUCACCAGAAAUGAGCACAAAGCCAGACACUGGCUGGACAGUUUCCCUAACCUCUACCUGGGUCUGACCCCUGUCAUCACCUACCAGUCAGCCGUGGAACCCAUGACCGUGGCCGCUAGGAUCCCCCUGGACCGACUUCUGCUAGAGACUGAUGCCCCUUACUUUGUACCUGGCAGCAUCAAGAUAUGUUUGAAACAACUUGAUUUACACCUUUCUAGUUAAUUGUUUUUUUGUUGUUUUUAAAUUCUCUUUAUCACAAAGAUUCCAUAGUAGCAUCCAGGUUUCAUCCUAAAUAACUAAAAACUGAAUAAAGAAAUUCAAAUAGAAAACAAUUUAAUACAUGUUCAAUCCGGAAGUAUUGAGAAUCGUUAAUUCUUUUGUUUGAUUUUAUAUCAUACUUAUUAUUUUUAAAAUAUUGUUAUCCAGUGCAUAAAUUCAAUCAAGUAGAUAUACAAAAUAAAUUAAGCUCAAAUCCAAAAUUGUAAAUUAAUAUUUUAAUUAAUAUUUCGUCUGGUUUCAGGGCAACUUAAAAGUGUCUCAACCUGGUCUCGCUCUGAUAACAGCUGAGAGAAUCGCAGAAUUACGAGGUGUCUCAGUGGACGUAGUGCUCAAAGCCACAAGACAGAACACCAGAAAUAUGUACGGAAUAUAA